GUAUCCGCCGAGGUGGACAUGCCCCCACAGCUGUACUGGGAGCUUCGCAACACACCCGAGUUUCUGGAGGUGGAGUGUGUGGUCCUAAACUUCAAGAGCAAGGAGUGUGUCGAUCUCGUACGCAACGACAACGGUACACUCAAGUCAUACAGGUUGCUGGUACAGCCCAGUUUACCGCCUCUCCCCCAGAUCCUCCUGAAGCAGCUCAGCGAUUCCGAGGGAGAUGUAAGUGUGGGGGCUUGCGGGGGCUAUAGAGUGAGUGGUAGCACUUGUAGGUAG